UGGAGCGGCCGGAGUGGGGCAGCAUGUGCAGCCCGGUGGAGCGGCGCCUGGCCGGGCUGCGGGAGCUGCUACAGGGACCCGGGCUCGAGUCACUGCUGGACGUGCUGCUGUGCCUGUACCGGGAGUGCAGCGGCGCCCCCCUGCGGCGGGAGCGCAGCGUGCAGCAGUUCCUGGAGUGGGCCACCCCAUUCGUCACCAAGGUGAAAGAGAUGUGCCUGCGCCGGGAGGACUUUGAGCUUCUGAAGGUCAUCGGGCGAGGGGCCUUUGGUGAGGUGGCAGUGGUGAGGCUGCGGAACAGCGAGAAGGUUUAUGCCAUGAAGAUACUGCACAAGUGGGAGAUGCUGAAGAGAGCAGAGACAGCCUGCUUCCGGGAAGAAAGGGACGUACUGGUGAAAGGGGACAGCCAGUGGAUCACAGCCCUGCACUACGCUUUCCAGGAUGAGAAGUACCUGUAUCUGGUGAUGGAUUAUUACGUGGGUGGGGACCUGCUGACCUUGCUGAGCAAGUUUGAGGACCGGCUGCCUGAGGACAUGGCCUGCUUCUACCUGGCCGAGAUGGUCCUGGCCAUUCAUUCCAUCCACCAGCUGCAAUAUGUGCACAGGGACAUCAAGCCAGAUAAUAUCCUGAUCGACAUGAAUGGGCACAUCCGCUUGGCCGACUUUGGCUCCUGUCUUCGACUGCGACCAGAUGGGACGGUGGAAUCUGCGGUGGCAGUGGGGACCCCUGACUACAUCUCCCCUGAGAUCCUGCAGGCCAUGGAGGACGGAAAGGGGAAGUACGGCCCCGAGUGCGACUGGUGGUCCCUGGGCGUCUGCAUGUACGAGCUGCUCUUCGGGGAGACACCCUUCUAUGCCGAGUCCCUGGUGGAGACCUAUGGCAAGAUCAUGAACCAUGAGAACCACCUGCAGUUCCCCACGGACAUCACGGACGUGUCGGAGCCAGCCAAGGACCUGAUCCGGGGGCUGCUGUGCCACCAGGAGCUGCGACUGGGCCAGAACGGCAUUGAGGACUUCAAGCGGCACCCCUUCUUUGAGAGCAUCAACUGGGACAACAUCCGAGCCAGCACCCCACCCUACGUGCCCGAGGUCAACAGCCCCGCAGACACCUCCAACUUUGAUGUGGACGAUGACACGCUCAAGGAGUUGGAGACGCUGCCCCCUGUUUCUCACAGUGCGUUCACUGGCCACCAUCUCCCCUUUGUGGGGUUCACCUUCACCUCCGGCUGCCCCAUCUCCGAGCAGAAGCCCCCGUCCCCUUCCACAUCCCCUGCCGUGGCCCAGCUGGAGAAGAAGAUCCGGAACCUGGAGCGGGAGAAGCUGGAGCUGGCCCGGAAACUUCAAGAGAACCAAUCGGAAGCCGAAGACACGAUAAAACAGCGGCUGAAGGGGGAGGCGUCUGGGCAGGUGAAAAUCCUGGAGAAGCAACUGAAAUCGCUCAGACAGGAGAGGGACGAGGCCCGUACGGAACUGUUGGAGGCCCAGGACAGGCUGAAGGCCCAGGGCCAGGAGCUGCAGGAGCUCCUGACCAGGCAGAAGCAAACGGCAGAGGAACUGCGCUGCACUGAGGCCAAGUGCGGGGACCUGCAGGCCCAGCUACUCCGGCAUGUGCGCCAGCUGCGGGAACGUCAGGAGGAGACCGAGGCAGCUGCCCGGCGUGUGGAUGGCCUGCGCAAGGAGCUGGCACGGGUGGAGAGUGGGCGCAAGGAGCUGGAGUCUCGGAUCAAAGGUCUCUCCAGCGAGGUGUCCAAGCAGCAGAAGCUGAAGGAGAGAAGUGAGCUGCAGGCGAGGAAGAUGAGGCAGGAGCUGGAAGGGCUGAAGGCGAAACAUGGCACAGCCUCUCUGGACCUUGCCAGCCCCAACCACACCAAGGACCCCACAUUCCUGCGAGGGGACCUGCAGCCCAGGGGGGGGCGGAGGAGCCUGCGUGAGCCACUGCAGCAGAGGGAGAGCCAGCAGGGGGUGCUGCAGGGUGAGCUUGCCCCACUGCAGGGAAAACUGGAGAAAGCCAGGAAGGAGAGUUUAAGGGAACACAAGGAGCUGAAAGACCAGAACGAACGGGAGAGGACUUUGCUGCAGGAAGAGAACAGUAAAUUCGCCCAGGAACAGGAGAGGCUCCUAGGCCAGGUGGAGAAGCUAAAUACAACCAACAGGCAGCUGGAGCAGGAGCUGCGCUCACUGGAGGACCGGAGAGAAACAGUUACUAACUGGGAGGCCCAGAUCUCUGACAUUCUGAAGUGGGUCAGUGACGAGAAGGAGUCCAGGGGCUAUCUCCAGGCUCUGGCCACCCGGAUGACCGAGGAACUGGAAUCCCUGAAACACAUCAGCACAAAAACCUCAGGCGCCAGAAGCCCGGACAAUCACUGGAAGGCCAGGCGCCUGCAGAAGAUGGAGGCCUCGGCCAAGCUGGAGCUGCAGUCAGCGCUGGAAGCCGAGCUCCGGGCCAAGCAGGGUGUCCAGGAGGAGCUGACUGAGAUGAAGGGUGCACACCUGGCCACCGAGCGGAAAUUGCAAGAGGCCGAGGCGCAGAACCAGGCCCUGCAGCUGGAGCUGGAGAAGCUGAAGGAGGAGCUGAAGGUCAGGUCUGUGGAAGGCACAAAACAACAGGGGCCGCUAAUUCCCUUCCUAUCAUUCUGGAGUGCGGAGAAGGAUGCGAUCAAUUUUGGGAGCCCCCCAGACACGCAGGAGAAUCGGAGAUCGGCUGAGGAGGCCCAGCUGCGCCCAGAAGGGAGGAGAAGCCUCCGAGCCAACCUGGCUCUGGCCAAACCCCCAGCACAGGUGGCUGUUGCUGCAGAAGGGAGCAGCUCAGGUGCACUCAAGCCAAAAUCUCACAGCUUCAAGAUGCGGAGCUUCACCGUGCCCACCAAAUGCACGCGCUGCACUGCGCUCAUGGUGGGGCUGCUGCGCCAGGGCUACACCUGUGAGGCUUGUAACUACGUUUGCCAUGUGUCCUGCGCUGGGGGCAUGGCCAUCUGCCCCACGCCCCCCGAACAGCUCCGGAAAACCAUGGGGGUCAACCCGGUUACUGGGACAGGCACAGCAUUUGAGGGGUAUCUGUCGGUGCCGAAGCCGGCGGGAGUGAAGAAGGGCUGGCAGAAGGCAUUCGCCAUCGUCAGCGACUUAAAGCUCUUCCUUUACGAUGUGCCAGAAGGUCGGGGCUCCCAGUGCGGUGUCAACGUCAUGCAGGUCGUGGAUAUGAGGGACGAACAGUUCUCGGUGACGUCGGUUCUGGCCUCAGACGUCAUCCAUGCCAGCAACAAGGACGUGCCCUGCAUAUUCCGGAUCACAUCCUCCCAGUUGGCCACGCCCCCCACCACCAGCUCCCUGCUGCUCCUGGCUGACAGUGAGGCCGAGAUGAAGCAGUGGGUGCAGGUGCUGGUGGAGCUGCACCGGAUCCUGCAGGAGAACCGGCACCAGGACCGCUCCGUCUAUAUCCUGAAGGAAGCCUAUGACAAUGGCCUGCCGCUAAUACCGCAGGCCCUCUCCGCUGCUGUCAUUGACCGGGAGCGAAUCGCGCUGGGAACCGAAGAGGGGCUGUUUGUGAUUCACCUGCACACCAAUGAGGUGCUCCAGCUGGGUGACUGCCGGCGGGUCCAGCUGCUCCUGGUCUCCCCCCAGGCCCAGGUGCUUUCAGUCCUGUGCGGCAAGAACCACAGCGUGCGCCUCUUCUCCUGGGUCGAGCUGGAGACGCCAGAAUCCCCGGGGACCAAGAUCGCCGAGACCAAGAACUGCCAGACGAUGGUGUCAGGGCUGAUCUGCCGGGGAACCACCUCCGUGCUGUGCGUGGCCUCCAAGCGCCAGGUGCUGUGCUACCAGCUCACCCACUCCCGGCCCCACUCCCGGCGCAUCAAGGAGAUCCAGGCCCAGGGCUACGUGCAGUGCUUGGACAUCAUGGGCGACCGGCUCUGCGUAGGCUACCCCUCGGGCUUCUCCCUCUACCCCCUGCUGAACGAGGGGGCUCCCGUCCACCUGCCCCACCCCGAGGACCCCCGUGGAGCGUCCGUGGCCCAGAUGGAGGCCCUGCGGGCCGUGGAGGUCAGCCUGAGUGAGCUGAUCCUGUGCUUCAGUGGGUUGGGGCUCUACGUGGACGGGCAGGGCCGGAGAACGCGGCAGCAGGAGUUGAUGUGGCCGGCGACCCCCCUGAGCUGCUGCUACAGCGCCCCCUACCUGAGUGUGUUCAGUGAGAACGCCCUGGAUGUGUUUGAUGUGCGGAAGGCUGAAUGGAUACAGACAGUCCCUCUGAAGAAGGUGCGGUCCCUGAACUCCGAGGGCUCCAUCUGCACCUAUGGCAGCGAGAAGGUGCGCCUGACCUAUCUCAGGAACAAGUCUGCAGACCAGGACGAAUUCAAUGUUCCCGAGACCACAGACAACACCCGGCGGCAGCUGGUGAGGACCAAGAACAAGCGGAAAUUCUCCUUCCGUAUAUCAGCAGAGGAGCGGCAGCAGCAGAGGAGGGAGAUGAUGCGAGACCCCAGUGUGAGGUCAAAACUCAUUUCCGGCCCAACCAACUUUAACCACCUGGUGCACGUGGGGCCGGGCGAUGGGCAGCACCGGCUGCAGGACCUGCCCACGGCCCAGGAGGAGAAAAGACGGGAGUCACAGGCCAAGCUGCGUCGGCGCAGCUUCACCGAGACCCGGCACCCAUCGUCCUCGGGCAGCGACACCGCCCUGGGGGACUCUGCAUCUGCGAAGCGUAAGUCGGGCAGCUCCAUCUCUGAUGACUCCUUCACCUCCCCACAGGGCCUGUUCACAGGCACUGACAUGCUGACGGAGAUCUCAGAUCAGACCCGCAGCCUCCACCUCUCUGUCAGCUCCAGCCAGGGGAGCUCCAGUUCUUAAGGUGGCAGGACCGAUGCCACAAACCACAUGAUAAUCUGUGUAUUUUAGCCGGAGACACCGCAAGGUGCUGUAAUGCUGCUGCCACCGCCGCCGUCAGUGGAACAUUCCCCUCGCUGAGGCUGUGCUCUGCAACUGGGGAAUUUGUCCAUCCUGUAUUGAAAUACAUAAAUGUUGGUACCAAAA